UCAGUGUCUGAUGGCGAAUUUCCCCACGAAUCAUUAUCAUUCAAUUCUGCAAGUGGUUCUGAUUUACUAUCACUGUAUUCUAGCUGUUCUAAAAUGCUUUUUGGAUGCCAUGGACUUUUCUCAGUUUCCAGGCAGAAAGAACAGUAAAAAUGCAGGCAGGGCACAGGACAAAGCACUAGGGACAAAAUGUAUGUGAAAUGGUUUGAAACAGUAAUGUUUUACUAUGUGAUUUUAGUGUAUUACAAAAAGUCAUUUUUUAAAAAUUUCAAAUUUCCCGCCGGUUCCGCCGCCCGAAACGUUCCGACGUCACACAGGGACCGGAACACGGAAGCCAGAUGCCGGCAUCCGCCGGAGGAGAUGGACGGGGACGCUGCAGGGGACCCA